GAGAGCCGAUCGAAUGAACACCAAGUGGUCCUGCGAAACAUCGGUUUCAAUUUAUCCGGAAACUUCAGCUGCGAAGUAACCACGGACGAGCCCUCCUUUGCAGCCAUUACUGUAAUCAAAGAUAUGCUGGUCGUCGUUUUGCCGAAAAGCCCUCCAAGUCUAACUACGGAUAAAAGUUUCUACGAGGUUGGGGAUGUGUUGAGAGCAAACUGUAGUUCGCCGCAAUCCAGACCAGCUGCCACCCAUACCUUUAUAUUAAAUAAUAUCGUGGUGUUUGAUAAAUCUGUAACCAAAAAGAUUCCGGAUAGAGAUCUAAUUCGAACGGAAUCUUUUUUGGAGCUGGUCCUCUCUCCAAAUGAUUUCCACAACGGCCGAUUAACUCUGAAGUGCGUGGCUCAAAUGGGAGAUUUAUAUCAGCAAGAUACCGACAUCACUUUUACCAACGUUAAGGAUCCCAUUCCAGCUCGAGUUACUCAAACAUCGUCGAGAGCUUCCGUUCAACAAAUCAUUAUUUAUGUGUUUAUUGUCCUUAUACCGAUUAGUAUCAACAAUUUAUAGACAAUUACCUUAAUGGAAAUAACUUUUCUAGUCAAAUAUGUCAAGGGACACAUAUUCGUCUACAGCUGUUUACUUUAGAUAUAGCGUUAUAAAGUUUGUACUAUAUUUGAGUAGAAUUGUGGAAUAUACUGGUUGAAAUACACAGUAAGUUAUUAUAUUUCGAGUAUUGUUUAAUUAUUAUUGAUUGUAGUUGCAAUUAGUUUACUUUCUGUGGAAACUUUCAGUAAAAAUAAAGCUGUUAUGUUAUA